CUUUCUUCAGCUCCGCACCGUUCUCAUCAGCUCUCCAACACUCGAAAUCAGCUACAGCAUGUCAGAUACUCUCCCGACUACAGAAAAGCCAGCGGUGACCGCCCCCCCAGCAACCGGCCCGGUGUCGGCCAAAGACCGCAUAAUCACGCACAUGAACAAAGACCACGAGCUCUCUCUGCGCGACUACCUGACUUUCUACAAAGGCAUUGUACCUUCGCGCAACGUGCAGCUCAAAGACAUCACGCUCGACAAACUCACAAUCUCCUACGAACUCAUCCACAACCGCGGCAUCGACGAGCUCGAGGCGGUGAUUGACCUCACGCCGCCGAUGAAGAGCAUGGCCGAGGCGCGCGACGUGCUUGUCGGAAUGGCGCUGCAGGCGUCCGAGGGACUCGGAUACGCUACCGUCACGCCUGUGGAUGCGUUCUUGCCGCCGACAGCGCGGUCGGUGCCAAUCAUCCUCUCCAUCCUCGCGGGGAUCUACUACGUCUUUGUGAACUCGGCCGCGCUCGACAACCCAAACUCGGUGCUGCGCCAGUACAAGCUGUAUGACUACGAAUUUGUGCCGACGUUGAUCAAGGCGGGCGUGUAUCUGGCGCUGAUAUACCACGUCGGCGAGGCGCUUGUUCUAUUUAUCUGGACGGGAGCGUAUCGCGUGCCGUCGCUGAAGCGCAUGGCGUGGGUGGUGUCGGGGUUUUUCGAGGGAUGGCCUGCGCUUGCGCGGUUCCGGUCGCUGAUGGAGGAGAAGGAUAAGGCGAGUGCGAAGACGAAGGAGAACGAGCAUAAGGCUGAGUAG